AACUUGUCAUUCUUUGUUUAUUCUAUUAUCUUUCUGACAAUAGGGUGGUAAUUAAAAUUUAUAAUUUAUCUAUAAUUGUGAAAUAUUAUUUAGAAUUAUUUGUGUUGAAAAAAAUACAUCUAUUACAUUUUUUUUUAACAUUAACAGCUGCCUUUUUAUAUGCCUACAUAACAAGAGUGCUAAUUUAAUGAUUUUGUAUUCGACUUAUUAUCAUUGUGGCCACAAUGAUAUUGUGUUAUAGAUUUAUUCUAUACUUCUAUUUACUUAUAGGGUUACUAGAUAAAUUGCUUUCGGUUAUUCCCAUGACCAAUGUAAUUCAUAGAAAGGAACAAAAGAAGCCAUCGCCUUUUUUGCUCUUAGAAAGAAAUAUGUACAGUUCCUACUUUUCUUUUAAUUUCAUAUUUUUUUAUAAUCUAUUUAUAUAGAUCUGGAUAUUUGCAUGAUGAUCAAUCUCUAGAAUAUGCAAUAUGCAAUCUGUUCGCAUCGUUGUCAAACCUGUUUGACAACGAUGCAAAUAGACUAAUGACAAAUACAAAUAAAUUAGAAUGACAAAUAUAGAGCACAAUAUUAAAAUAAUAAUAAAAACAACAACUCAUAAUGUCAUAAACAGUUGGUUAUAUCCAGUUAGGAUUUAGGCAAUAUAAAAUAGUGAAAAUGACGGCUCAUUAUAGAAUUUAUAAGUCGAUUACGUCCCAUAAAUCAGUGCGACCAUAAUCAGUUUUAAAGAGCUACGUUUAUAAAUAAUGUCCAAUAAUGUUCAAUUAUAAAUAAUGUCCAGAAGACAAGGUUACCAAUAGGAGUUCGCUAAUUCCACGAAAAAAACCUCCACUGUCUAAACUGUCUUUACAAACUGCCGUAUAGUACGCAUAGGAGAAAAAUAUGGCCGCUCCGAAUGGUAAAGCCGUGUCGUAAAGUACGUCUGAAGACUAAAGGAUUCACGCCGCGUGUUCACGAUUAUUUGCGGUGUGAUUAGCCAUUCGAGAGAAUGUGGAAACCACGUGCGUGCACCAUUUAGCAUACGCAAAUAAAGCCCGUAUCGGCGACAUAAGGCGUAAACCGCGAGCGUCGUGCGAAAAGAACUCGUCUCUCCGCAGCCGGAUUCUGGAGCGUCGUAAGAGUGCUAUUUCGAAUACCGAACGAGUGACGAGGAAACUUCUUGUCUACGCUUGAGAAACCGCCAUAAUAUUCGCCACAUCGGAGAAAACUGAAAAUACCUGUGACUUCAACCAGGAAAAAACGUGUUACGUGGAAAAUCUGUGGUGUGAUUGUUCGAACGUCCGUGUGAUAAUAACAGAAUGUAAUAAUAACAGAAAAUUAUACGUAUACAGUUGUAAGAAGAAAAUGAAGAAUGAAAAAUGUGUAUCAUUAUAAAGCUUUAUAUUAUUUUAAUUAGAGCGUAAUUAAAAUAAUUUUUAAUCCCGAUUUAUUUAUCAAUAGAGAAAAAGGAAAAACAGAAAAAUAGAUCAGGAAGUACAAAAUAAAAUAACUUAGUGUACCUCUCUCCUCCCUCAUUCCUUUUUCUCCCUCUUUCUCUCUCUAUUCUUUCUCUCUUUGUUCACACUUAUAUAUAUUCCUGUGAUAAAAAAUUCAACUUGUAGUCAACGAACGAGUUAGCGGAGUGGCAAUAUUUGCGGUUGGCGAGGGCCGGUUAGAUCUUUCAAGAGUGGUGGAGCCGGUUACAAGUGGGGACGGAUGGGUGGCACUUGGACAGGUACCGGGAACCGGUGCACACCGAUUGGUCGACGAUCGGGCCCGGACUGGAGCUGUUGGCGGGCCCAAGCACAGGCGUGAACCGAUGGGUAAGAACAGCUCCCCAGAUGGCUCUUACUAUACGGAGGAAAAUCGUUCCUUCGGUACGGCACGGUUCUUCUUAGGCGCUUCGAUGCAGUCAAACAGGUCUGAGCGAUCGUACAGCACCAGUCCUUUCUCGUCCAUCGUCGUAGUCGCACCGUCACACGUGCACAUACAAGAGAGAUAGAAAGAGAGGGGGGAGAAAAAGAAAGAGAGAGAAAGAGAGAGAGAGAGAGAUUGAGAGUAUAUACAAAGACGAGCACAGCGACCGAGGAGGAAAAGAGGCGAAGGAAAAAAUCACGAGAAAACAGCGGGGGAAGUAGAAAAGAAGGAGAAGAAAGAGAGAGAGAGAGAGAAAAAGGAAUAGAAUAAAUAUCGGACGAGGAAGUGUGUGAAUUACGAUCAAUCGAAAUUGUAUGGUUCGACCGACAGAAUUGAAACGACCGGCAUGACACCGCCGGUAGCGGUCUAAUACAGAGCGAGAUAAAUUUGGAGCAGACCUUUCAAGAAGAUCUCCGGCUAUCACGCGGAAGAAACGACUUUCUUCGAAUUCAAACGUUAAAUAAUUGGAGAAAUAUGUGAUCGAAGAUAAGACAUAAUCGGCAUAAUAAGAGCAAACGGAAUGUUUCUUGGAAAUAAGAAAUACGAUGUGUGACAUAUGAUAACGGACUGGAACAGUUGCUUCGGAACACUUUUUAUUUGUUGACUUAGUGAUCCGGGAAACGGGAUUGACGAUUGCGUGGAUCGCAAAUUUAUUUGAGUGAGAUGAACCAACAGUGCAGGGUAUGCGACGAGCCCGCAGCGGGGUUUCAUUUCGGGGCGUUCACAUGCGAGGGUUGCAAGUCAUUCUUCGGUCGCACGUACAACAACCCCAACAACGUGACAGCAUGUAAGAACGGCGGCAACUGUAUAAUUAACAAGAGGAAUCGGACGGCUUGCAAAGCCUGUCGAUUAAAGAAAUGCCUAGAAGUCGGUAUGUCCAAGUCGAGCUCGCGCUACGGGCGGCGCUCCAACUGGUUCAAGAUCACUUAUUUUUCGGAGCAGACGAGACGAAACACGAACGAGAUAACGUCCUCGCUCCGUCCUCUGAUAUCUCCGUCCUCUAUCAUUCCUACGUCUUUCCGUUUAAAUUAUCCACAAGUUACGCAAAGUGACGGCAGCAACGAAAUGGACAACGGCACGUUGACCGGUCAGGAAAAUCCGGGGGUUCCCUAUUCAUAUCAUGCAUCGCCUGCAAUGCUGCAGAGACCGGACGGAUCGCCACAUCCCGACGACGUGGCUCUGUACCAUCAACUCUAUCUGCGCAAUUGGUAUUUGGGGGAACACCAGCCACAGCUCUCAUCUAUCACAACACCGCCACCCACAUCGAGGGAAGUCUCAUCAUCGCCGCUCGACAAUCGUUCGCCCCGGCAGGAGAGUCCAUCCACGGAAACUACGACGCUCACUCAGGGAACGUCGUUCUACUCGUCGGAUUCUUACCGAUCACCUGUGCCGGCGGAAUCAGUAUCGAGAAAUAAUGUUAGAAACGCCGACGGAUCCGAGAGCGAGUACAACGAUGAUGAUCAUCCUCGCGAUGUGCAGUCCAGGAGCAGUUCAAGCCGAUCGCCGUUCACACCUACGAGAGCAAACGAGCAAGAACCGUCCAUACCCAGAGUGUCGAUCAACGGCAUGCUCAUGCUCACUGGUCAACAUCCCCUAUUACUCCCGGGCGGAAUGUUCACGUCGGGGACACAUUCGUUGCCAUCUCCAUGGAGGUACAACAAUCUACUUCUGGUUAACUCUAAUUCUAAUAAUCCUGCCGGUGACGAGCCGAUCGACCUCAGCAUGCGGACGAGUGGUAGUCCGUCGCGAUCUAGAGAAUCGCCGGAAAAAGAAGAGAAGGAGGAAGAACGGGAUGAAAAGAACGAUAGAUCGCCUAAGGAAGAGACCGCGGCAUAUCCGCUCGAUCUGACACUUUCCGCUGGUACGUCCUUGACGGCAAAUUGUUUUUGAGACUCGCGAAUUGAUUGGAUUAAUUUCAAUUCUCGAUUCGUUUUCAUCUCAAGAAAAGGUUUCUAGAAAAGUACAUUCAAAACAAAAUUCAAGAAAAAAACGAUAGACAUAUACAUAACAGCGACAAUUCCAGUAAACAGAAAUAAAUAACUUAACGAAGAUCACGAUGUAUAUAGAACUAUUUUCGCGAUGGAAAAACAAUAGUGAUAUUGAAGAGGAGACGCUGGUCAUUUUGACCAACAGUCAUAGGUAAUACCAUCAUGAAAAUGUGUUCAUUUUGUACAGUACGCGGAGCGAUAAAUUGACGCGAUUUAUAUUGGUUUAAUUUAUUAAUUGAAACUAAUGAUAUAUUUAUAUGACUGGUGCAGGCGUUUUGAAUCAAUAAUGUUUUUUUAUCAAGAAGUCAAAUUAAUGAUUAAUAUUAAUAAUAUAAAUUAAUGUAAAAUUAAUGUUUGAAAAAUAUUAUCACCGGUAUAACAAAAAGAUAUCUAUUUAGAGACUUAUUUAGUCGUUCUCAAUCAGUGUCGUUUCAAACAAACGAACAAAUAGAUUCAAGUUUUAUUAUUAAUAUAAAUAUCCGAGAAAUUGAUUACGAACGCGUUACAUUUCUGUUGACAAAGUAAAAAUAAAGAUAAUAAUUUAUCUGUAAGCCAGAGUGAGAUAUAUUGGCCAGUAACUAAAAGCUUUAGUGUAUUUAUCAGUAUGUCAUAUAGUCACACAGUCAUACAAAUACACUCUCACACAUAUGUAGAAGUAUGAUAUGUAUAUCUAUGUAUAUCUAUGUCCUAAUGUAACAAAAUAUUUUUACUAUUAUUGAUGAUACGGAAAAAUGUGUAAAAAGAUAUUAUUACCAUUAUUACCAUUAGUAUUAUUAUUUUUAUUAGACUCAACUAUUAUCGUCAUUAUUAUUAAGCAUUAUUUAUCAAAUACUUCGGGCAAGUUCUCUAUAAAAAGCAAUAAAUGUAUACAAAAAUAAAUAACAUAAGGUGGAUGAUUUAUGUGAUAUAUGUAUAUUGUACUCAUAAACAAACAUGAAAAAAUAUUUAGAGCAAAAAGAUUGUUCCAAAAUUAUAUGUAACAAUGUGUCUAAAUUUUCAUAUUUAAACAUUCUCACAAUACACUUGAAGAAAUGUUUGCACAAUUCUUUUUACGACAUGAUAAACAACUCUCCUACAACAACUGUGUUUCUACUUAAUAUUUAUGCAAGAAAUUUAUUAUUAUAAUAUAAUUUUUUUCUCUUUUCAAAAACCAAUAAAAUAAUAUGCUGUUACGUGAUGACAGCAUUUCGUAAUAUGAAUCAACAUUAACAAAGAAAACAUCAAAACUGAUUAACAUUUUAUCAAUAUCACAUUCAUUUACAGACAUCGUAAAAUUAUUUUUUUUUUAAUUCAUUUCUUCAAGUGUAAAAAAACUAAAAAUUUAUUUAAGCGGAAAAAAAAUGGCAUAAAUAUGUUUUUAUUUCUUUAGACAUGCUCAAAAAAUCAUAGAUAUGUAAAGACGGAUAACAAUUUUCACAAUUCUCACUACACAUAAUUCGUUUUUUUUUUUACUAGUCUGGAAUAUUUCGAUUUGUGAUUACUAUUUAUCAUUUUUAAUGUCUAUGACAUUAAUUAGCACAAUGAUAAUAGUAUACUAGCUUUAUAAUUCCUUGUUAAAGACAUUUUAAAUAUGUAAAUUUGUAUCUAAAUUCAGAAAAAAAGUGUAAAUAAAUUUUUAUUUAAAAAACCAAA